GAGUCAUCGCUUUUGACAGGUGGUACGGGCGGGUGGCCCUCCGCAUAUCCUCCGGAGAAACGUGGCUUGGGGGCGCACUGCGCCCGGAGAGAAUAUAGCGAGGGGGACGCCCGGAUGCGCCCCCCCCACAGCACUGGCGGGCUGCAGCGCACGGCGUACGCUCCCCGGGCAGCGGCGGGGGUUCACUCCCGGCGGGGUUCCCGCGGCGGCGGGCGGUGCUGCGGUGCGCGGUCCCGCGCGAUGCUGGGGGCGUGCCGCGAUGUAGGCGGCCCCGCUCCUCCCCCGACAGCCGCGGCGGCAUUAGGCGGUGGGGCGGCUGGGCUGGGCUGUGUAGAGAUGCUGUCUGGGGCUGCGCUGCUGGCGCUGGCUGCGUUACUUUGCGCCGUCCCGCCGCCAGGUCUCCGCGGGGCGGCGGUGGCAGCGGCAGCAGCGGCGUGGACCGCAUGGCUGAACGUGUCAUGGGAGAACGGCGGGAACCGUAACCGGAGCGGCUGGGAGGCGGGGGAGAGCGGCCUGUACGGGUUGGACUCGCCCCUGCAGUCGGCCGAGGGGCUUCUAGUGCUGCCCGACAGCCCCGACACCUUCAAUGCCUGCAGCGCACACACCAACUUCAGCGGGGCCCCGCCGGCCGGCGGCUCCCCGGGCUGGCUCGCCCUCAUCCAGCGCGGCGGCGGCUGCUCUUUCGCCGACAAGAUCCGCCUGGCCGCCGAGCGCGGCGCCGCCGCCGCCGUCAUCUACAACUACCGCGGCACCGGCAACGAGGUGCUGCCCAUGUCCCACCACGGUGCUGAAAAGAUCGUUGCAAUUAUGAUUGGCAACCUGAAAGGCAUGGAAAUCCUGCACCGCAUUCAGAGUGGCAUGAAAGUCACCAUGGUCAUUGAAGUGGGAAAAAAGCACAGUCUUUCCGUGAAUAUCUUCACCAUCCUCUUCAUCUCUGUGUCAUUUUUUGUUGUGGCAGCAGCAACUGUGGGUUGCUAUGUCUCUUAUUCUGCUCGGAGACUCAUUAUCGCAAGGGCCCAGUCCAGGGAGCAGCGGCAGCUGAGGGCCAAGGCUAAGAAGGCCAUUGAACAGAUGAAAUUGCGCACCCUGAAGGAAGGGGACAAGGAAACUGGUCCAGAUGGAGAUUCCUGUGUUGUGUGCUUUGAGCAGUACAAGCCAAAUGAUGUCAUGCGUGUUCUGACUUGCAACCAUGUUUUCCACAAGACUUGUAUUGACCCCUGGCUUCUGGAACAUGGGACGUGUCCUCUGUGCAAAUGUGACAUCCUCAAAGUGCUGGGUGUUGAGAUGGAUGUAGAACCACGGUCUGAGCCUGUGCAAGCCCCAGGAUCCAGUGGUCAAAGACCUCUAUCCACUGUCACUAUAGUUAAUGAAGAGGACAAUCUUAGUGAAACAGCAUCAUCUGGAUAUGAUUCUGUGCAGGGACCAGAUGAAUCUGCUCAGGAGGCACACACACCAUUAGAAAAUCACAACAUGCAUCCUACAAGUGAUGAAUCCCAGCUCUCCACUGUGACUGUUCUUUCACACGGUGACAACCCAAGUUUUGAAGGAGAUGAUACACAAGUUUGUGAAGGCAGGAUUGUUUGUGAAGUCACGUUCUAAGAACAGGCCCAGCCACAUGGUGCAAAUCUUCUGCAAGGAGCUGCCUACUGCCAUUCCAUAUGAACCAAAAGUUGCAAGACUGUUGCAGAAAAUACUGCACUGGCAAUGUUUAGAUAAAUAGACUUGUCCCAAUCAUAACUGUAUGGUUUGCCUUUCUUAAAACUUUAUUUUCCACGGGAGUCUUAACACUCUCCAGAUAAAGCUGUGUUGAAUAUAUAGAAAACCAGCAGAUUUUAACUAAAACAAAAAUUUCAUCUUUAGCAAAGCUUCUCUACCAUGUUUGAGUUGUUUAAGUGAGAAGAUUUUUUAUGUCAUAGUUUCUCCACUGGGAAUCAUUUUGAGUUGGAUAUUUUUGUUGUUUAUUAUUUUCAUUCAAGUGGAUUUUCAUUGUAAAGAAAUUAAUUUUGAUCUGUUCUAAUACUUGCUUAUAAGACAGUUUUGUUUAAAGAAACAUGGUAGUUAGUGUUUCAGUGCACUAAUUUGAUAGGAGAAAGUGCAAACUAAUGCUUGUCAAACUGGAUUUUGUCCACGAAGUCUUUGGCUGUCUAGUAACUGACUGAUUCUCUACCUCUCAACUCCAACCUGCCAACCACACAUUCCUAAAGGGGAAGAAAAGAGAGCUGAAAACUUACAGGCCAAAUCUGACUUACUGUAAAGGGAACAACUGCAGGAAUUUUUCAAGCCUUGUUAACAUUAAUCUGUUAGUCUGAAAAAUCCUCAAGUGAUCUGAGGAGCUAUAACCAUCUCUAGCACCAGCAAUAUGCCAGAGUCCUGGCUAUGUGGGAGUCUGGGAUGGCUUCAGGAAAGACUCAGCCGAAGAUGAAAAGAUAGAUUGCUUCCUCUUCUUUUACAGAAAGGAUCUGUUGUGUUUUGUUCAGAAAUGAUCCUCUGAAAAAUGCUGGACUGCUGCUGUUCAUUGCCUUGCUCAAAUGCACAAGCUGCAGGGAGAGCCGAUGUCCUGUGAGUGUAACAGAGGACUGGAGAAUCUGUCCUCUGUGUGGAGUUGAGAUGGGGUCAAGUAGGAACACUGGGUGCCUCAACAGUGAUUUGGCCUUGUCCAGUGAAGGUAACUAAGGACAUCUUAUAAAUGCACUUUAUUUUUUUACCUCUGCACCUUUGACUAGUUUCUAUUGUUUAGUAGGAUUUUGUCUUAGAGCUUCCAAUAAAUAACUUAAGAAUCUGGGGGGAAAAGCAAUGCAUUAUCUUAGCUAUAGUACAAAUUAAAUGUUUGCUCAUAUUUCAUAAUUUGUAUUGAAUUUUAAUAUGGAAAUGUAAAUAAAACUAUUUUUGAUUAUCCUGA